AUGGAGAGGCAGUUUCAGUCUCAAAGUAGUGAUGUCCUGCUAAUCUCAAUUCCCAAAUCAGGCACUGCUUGGCUCAAGGCUCUCAUGUUCGCCUUAAUCAACCGAAAAAAUUAUCCUAUCAACCAAAGCCAUCCUUUACUCACUUCAAAUCCUCAUCACGGUUUCGGCAUAUCGGUCGCGGCUGCUUUCGACACAUUCCCCGCUCGUGUUACUACCCAAGUCAGUGCUGAAAUCAGGGUGCAAGAUUGUUUAUUUGUGCAGAAGCAUCAAGGACAUUUUGGGAUCAUAUUUUGGAUUACUGGAAAGAAACCCCACAAGGUACUAUUUGUAAAAUAUGAAGACGUGAAAGAAGAACCAGCCCUUUAUCUGAAGCGCAUAGCUGAGUUCAUUGGGUGUCCUAUCUCUCCCGAGGAAGAGACAUCUGGAUUGAUUGAUGAGAUUUUGAGGCUUUGUAGCUUUGAUAGUUUGCGCAAUUUGGAGGUGAACAAGACUGGAAAAUGGAUGAUGAUUGAAAAUCAACACUUUAUCCCGAAAGCUGAGGUUGGAGACUGGAAAAAUCAUCUCACAAAUGAAAUGGCACUACAGCCUGAUCAGAUCACUUCAACCAAGUUUGAAGGAUCUGGAUUCAUUCUUUAG